AAUGUGACGAGUCGCUGGCUGGCUAGUGGGUUCGUUUGCUUUGUACUCCCUUCCUUCUUGAAGAGUGGGGAUCUAAAGCGUACAUAUAAGGUUGAGGUCGUCGAAGUUGCCCGGCCCGAGGUUACAGUAGUCAGUACCUCAAAGGUCGUACAUUUGUUCCAUCCCUAUUGACAUCCUCGCGUUUGCCCCGGAUCUGAGAAUUGGAAAAGAGUUGGAGGUGAUCAAUUGAAAAUGGGUUCAACGAGCGCGCACAAUGGCGACAGGAGACCGACAGCCGUCGAGAGGUUGAGGAAUAUGCUGGCGGAUCCGGAGAAAUUCAUUGCGUGUCCUGGUGUGUACGAUGGGUUCACGGCACGGAUUGCACUGAGAGAAGGUGUGGAUUGUCUGUACAUGGUACGUGUGAUGUGGUACCUCCCAUGACCAUUCCAAGAACCCAAUCCUAAACACCAUGAAUAUAGCCACUAACACAAAUAGACUGGCGCGGGAACCACAAUGUCCCGCCUAGGCAUGGCUGACAUGGGCAUCGCCACACUAAACGACAUGUUAGCCAACGCCUCCAUGAUCGCCAACAUCGACCCAUCCGUCCCCCUCAUAGCAGACGCCGACACGGGUUACGGCGGCCCUAUAAUGGUCGGCCGCACCGUCUCGCAAUACAUCCGCGCCGGUGUCGCAGGCCUGCACCUCGAAGACCAAGUCGUCAACAAGCGGUGCGGCCACCUACCGGGAAAGCAGCUUGUCGACGUGCAAGAGUUCGCGAGCAGGAUCCGAGCAGCCAAGUUGGCGCGAGACCAGUCCGGGGGCGAUGUCGUGAUUAUUGCACGGACAGACGCGUUGCAGGGCAAUGGGUACGAGGAAGCCAUCGCGCGCCUGCGAGCUGCGAUUGCAGAGGGUGCAGAUGUUGCGUUUCUCGAAGGCGUGCACUCGAGAGAAGAAGCAGAGAGAUCUUGCAGGGACCUUGCGCCUACGCCGUGUCUUUUCAAUAACGUCCCCGGUGGUCUGUCUCCUAACCUCGGUGUCCAGGCGUGUAGAGAGGUCGGAUUCAAGAUUGCCAUUUUCCCGUGUGUUGCCCUCGAGAUGGUAUAUCCGGCGGUUAGGAGGGCGAUGCAACAAUUGAAGGAACUGGGGAAUGUGGAGAGCUUUGAGGCAGAUGGGAGGAGGUAUGGGCCCAAAGAGUUGUUCCAGGUGUGUGGGUUGGAUGAGAUGGUAGACUUUGAUGUUCAGGCUGGUGGCACAUCGUAUCAGAACGGUACAUGAGCUCAC